AUGAUGAGAUCACAACGAUCCUGCAAUGCUAGGCAUUUAACGGAUGCAAGAGCCGGAGACAUAUUUGCUAACAGCGCCUGCCUAGCAUAUGUGUAUGCAAAUGUUAUAUCAUUUGGCAAAGUAUACACUGCAGACGGAGAACCACUAGAGGAGAUGCAGGAUGAGGAGACGAUCAAUCAGGAUGAGUUAGAAGAUGCAUUGCGCUCAAAAGAUCCAGUGGACUGGAUAUUCAUGAUCAAGUCAUCAAAAGGUGAGCUCCCUAAGAAAGUCAAAGCUUUUAUAUCAAGCGUCGUCAAAAAUAUUCAUGACCCUAGAGAAGGUACAAUAGAUCAUUAUCUUAAGACAGUUGCCCCCAUUUACACAUCUCGC